AUGAGGUUACACGCUUUCCUGAUCGCCCUGUGCGUGUGCGCGCACAACGCCCGCGCCGCCUCUAUCGCACUCGAUAACGUCGACUUCGACGAUGACCAUCUAAACGUCGUAAACGAAAACCUAAGAAAACCAGGAGACAUCCCAGUCAAAGUUGUCGAGGGACCAGUGCUAGACGAAAACUCAAAUGAUUAUGUACCUUCCGAUGAUAUCAGCGUCAACGUGAAACGGAUCGAAGUGGAUUUGGAAAACCCCGGAGAGCCGCAAAGACAGGAACAUGAAACUCAGAAUCCGGAAAAUUUUAGCGAUAACGAUAAAAUUGUUGUCGCAAUCAGGCAGUCGAUUGAGCAGGCGGAGAACGUUUUCAACGAAGGUUUAAAACACGUAUCCGAUAGUUUCAAGACAUUUUCACACCCUGAUGAAGACCUGCCAUUGAUUCAAAAAAACAUUAAGAAUUUGAAAGAGAAUUUCAAUGACCAGUUUGAGAAACUCAACAAAACUAUAAGGGCAUAUUUAAAGCCGCAGACCUUUUCGUCCGGUGAGAGUAUGGCUAACCCUAAAUUAGAAAUUGUUCAAGCGCAUCUUAAAUAUUUGGAUGAUAACUUUAAACUUGGCCUAGAUACUCUGACGGAAGGCGUUGAAGUAUAUUCAAUAAUCAAAGAGGAAGACGAGGCUGAAAAAGCUAUAGCACUUAAAGCGGAUCUGAAGGCAGAAUCGGAAGUCGCUCCUGCGGGAACCCCUUCGAAACCAGCUGAAAAUCCACCAGCGCAACCCACACCCGCUAACACUGGAACCCCAGCCGCUGGCACGACUCCAUGGAAUAUAUUCAUAAGCAAUUUGCAGAAUUCCAUAACUAGCGCUUUCACCAAUUUAGGUUCUAUUAUGAAUAACGGACAAAGCGGAACUAAUGGGCAAGGCAGUGCCCAAUCGCCGGGCAGUCAGAUAACUGACUUCUGGCAAAACAUAUUCCAAGGUCAGAAUACAGUUAAUCAGAAACCUCCCACGCAAGAAGGCACCAACCCAGCUAACACGCAAGCUGAUCCGGUCCCCGCACAAACACCCGCUCCAUGGGGUCCACAAUCAAUAAUCCAAUCAAUACAAUCGUCUUGGAACAACAACCCUAUCCAGCAAGCGUAUCAAAAUUUCGUGUCGCUUAUAACACCGCAGACACCCCCAGCACAGCAACCAGCUAUUUCUCCAAACCCCACUCCAGCAGUCGCAGUAGCGCCAGAGAAAGUUCCCGAAAGAACUACAGCUGACAAACCAGUAGCAGUACCAACUCAAGGCAGCAAUGUGGUACCCGCACCUGUUAAUGAGCAGCCUCAAGCAGAUGCAGCCAAUCCCGUUCCCCCUCAAACUGGUCCCAUACAGCAACUGGUACAAAACAACCCCAUAAUUAAAGGGAUACAGAGCGCAGUGCAAAGAAUACAGGGCACGCCUAAUCCGGAAACACCCAGAGAAGAAAUAAUUAAAGAAGAUCAAAAUAAAGAAGAAAUUGAAGAUCCCAAGGGGCAUUACCACGGCGGAUAUCGACCAGACAAUUCUGUGGCAAACCAAGGCGAUUCUAGCUCCAGCGGCCGGGUAGAGGAAAAAGUGGAAGAAAAAGUAGAGGAAAAUCUGCAAGUCAUCCCGGCAAAGGAAACAGAGGUCCUACAAGAAGAAAUUAAAGCGGAAGAAAUGAAAACCCCGCCGGUUUCUGACAAGACUGAAUAAGUCAUAGUGAUAUUGGUGCUUACUUGAUUAUAUACAAAUCUCUAAACUAAAUUGACAAAUG